UUGAAAGGUCUUCCCCACAAAGACUGCAUGUCCUUGCUCAUCAAAAGGGCAUUCAAGAAAGGAGAGGAGCAACACUAUCCACACUUGAUAGGAAUUGGAGAGGAUAUUGUGAACAAGUGUGGAGGAGUUCCUUUAGCUGUAGCAACUCUAGGGAGCAUGCUCUAUUUGAACAGAGAGCCAGACCGAUGGUUGAGUGUGAGAGAUGAUGACAUGUGGAGUAUAGGAAAUGACAAUAUUCUACCCGCACUCAAAUUGAGUUAUGAUGCAUUGCCACAACACUUGAAACCCAUGUUUUGCAUUUUGUUCACUUUUCCCAAAGGAUUUUGAAUACUAUAGUGACUCACUGGUUGACCUGUGGGUAGCACAAGGCUACCUCAAAACAUGUAAAAAAAAAUGAAGAUCUUGAUAAAU